GGGAAGAGAUCGACCCGCGCCGACUGCGUGAUCCGCAUGAACGACGCGCACGCCUGGGCCUACGAGGCCGACGUCGGCAACCAGACCUCCCUGAGGGUGGUGGCCCACUCCAGCGUGUUCAGGGUGGUGCGCAGGCCCGGCGAGUUCCUGCAGAGGCCCGACAGCAACCCCGUGAUCAUCUUCUGGGGGCCCCCCAGCAAGAUGGGGAAGGAGGCCAAAGGGACGCUGUACAGGCUGAUCCAGAGGGUCAGCGUGGCCUACAGCAACGUGUCUUGUUUCAGCAUCACGGCCAGCAAGAUGCGCCGGUUCGACAGCCUGUUCCACAAGGAGACCGGGCGAGAUAGACAAAAAUCCCACUCGUGGUUGAGCACGGGCUGGUUCACCAUGGUCAUCGCCAUCGAGAUAUGUGACAACAUCAAGGUGUAUGGGAUGGUUCCGCCGUAUCACUGCGGGAGAUCCAAACCUGGAUCCAAGAAGAUGCCGUACCACUACUACAAGCCCAGGGGGCCCGACGAGUGCGUGACGUACCUGCAGAACGAGAGCAGCCGCCGAGGGAACCACCACCGCUUCAUCACCGAGAAGCAAGUGUUUGCGCGCUGGGCCAAGCAGUACAACAUCACCUUCGCUCACCCCAAAUGGUUCUAGACGGACGUGGAUUACCGGGGGGGGGGGGGGGGGGGGGGAGAGAGAGGGAGAGAGAGAGAGAGAGAUCAGGGAUCCUUCGAAAAGCCACGUGAUGAAUAGCAUGAAAAGGGUUUUGGACAAAACCAGGAUUGGACCAAUGGACUGAGAGGAGUGCUCCUGUUCGGAGAAGCAUUAGUUUAUUGUGAAUAUUCCACAUGGACGUGUGGUGGUCACCAGUCAGGUGUUUUUCAUAUAUAGGAGAGAAAAUGUACUUUUUACAUGUUUAUAGUAUUUUUGUGAAUAUAAAUUGAAAACGCUAAAUUGAAAAUCUACGUGAAAGGGGGAAUUAGAUCAGCAGCAGUUUCUUUGGUUACAACUAAGUGGCUUUAUUAGCUAGAGAAUAUUCUCUAGGGAAAUAUCAGUCUACAUGUGCAUUGUGUGAGCAGUACAGCUGGGAACAGAUGCCAGACUCGUACCUACUUAAUAUAAACAUACAUUUAGAUUUUUAAACAACUGAACCGUGUAGAAUUUGGCAGAAAGAGGAUUUAGAUCCAUUUGAUGAAGCUGCCAGCUUGCUAUACUUGGUGCUACGGAAAGCCCCUGUUGACUCAACAGUAAGCAGUAUUCUUCUCAGUAACAAUUUACCAAUUCAGAUUAAUGAAACGAUGUGUCAUUAUUCUAGAGAUAUUAUACAGACUUCAAAUCUUUUAAGUGGUUACGACCUCAAUUUCUAUCUGAACUGGAUGUUGAUUUUUAUUUGUGUCGUGAGUAUUAGACUCAACAUUUUUAAACGAAUGCUUAAAUGAUUUUAUUUUUUUACCUCAGUGGCGUUUCAGUUGCAUGCAGCUUCAGUUUAAAUAGUCCACAGAGUGCGUCAUGGUCGUCUCAUGUAUCAGUAUGUUGCUCUUAGGAAUGCACAAUUCAAUUCAAAGUUAAAUUGUUAUAUUAAAACUUGACCAAGAGAAGGUGGAAAACUGAUUAACUGUCGUCAGAAUAUUCCUCUUUAAGGAGAUGCCGUUAUCACAUCUUGACCUGUUACAUUCAAUAACAACAACCAUCGGUCAAUAAUAAACUUGUCUGUCUGAUUUAUAAUCAAUGAGGCAAGAAAAAGAUUCAAAAAUAGGAACAAAACACACGCAAACUACGGGAUCCAAAAUGUCAUCACUUCUAGAAAACAGCUUGAAGAGAAAUGUAAUAAUUUAAUGGAGGCAUUAA